AUACAUAGUUUUACUUAUCGUGUAUUUUUAUUUAUUUUGUUAGAGUUUGUGUGUAAAUUGUAUUAGGUAAUAUUUAUAAAUUAUGUCGUAUGAUCAACGCCGUAUUUCUCGUUGGUACUUUGGUGGUGUUGCAAGUUCAAUGGCUGCAAUGGUAACGCAUCCAUUGGAUUUGAUGAAGGUGCUGAUACAGACGCAGACGGAGAAACUCUCGUUGCCCCAGGUCACAAAGAAAAUUGUGAAAGAGCAGGGAGUGCUGGCUCUAUACAAUGGCAUAUCGGCCUCUCUGCUACGUCAAUACACGUACACGCUGGCGCGCUUUGGAUUCUAUACAGUGGGUGCUACACUUAUCGACACCAGCUCAAUGAAAACGAAGGUUAUGCUGGCCGGCGUGUCGGGUGGUGUUGGUGGCUUUGUGGGUGCACCUGCAGAUAUGUUGAAUGUGCGACUGCAGAACGAUGUGAAAUUGCCGCCGGAAAAUCGUCGCAACUACAAGCACGUUUUUGAUGGCCUUGUGCGUGUGACCCGCGAAGAAGGCUUCAUAAGUUUGUUCAAUGGGGCGACCAUUGCGGCAGUGCGCGGUUCUGUCAUGACUAUUGGCCAAAUUGCCUUUUACGAGCAAGCAAAGGAUAUUUUCAUAGACUGGGGCAUGUCGAAGACCAUGCCCACGUAUAUUCUAGCCUCGAUUAUAUCGGCCGUAACAGCAACUGUGCUAACGCAGCCCAUUGAUGUCGUCAAGACGCGGCGCAUGAAUGCUCGACCAGGGGAAUACAGUAGCAUGCCUGAUUUAGUUUUAAAAACUGCUAAAGAAGGACCAUUAGCUUUCUUCAAGGGCUCCGUGCCAUCCCUAGCACGUCUGGGACCGCACACAGUGCUGCUUUUUAUAUCCCUCGAGUAUCUACGCACGCAUUUCGGCUACAUUCCGGAGGAUAAAAAGUAGCCCUUGGUUUUUAAAAGUUUCAAAGAGUAUAUUAGUUUUGGCUUGUGUCAUUAUGAAAGAUGUAUGACUAAAUUGUAUGUAAAUAUGAAUAUUUGUAGUGUA